UUGCGUAAAAUGAUGAUAUUUAGAGUAAAAACUCUCAUUAACAAUAAUAAAUGCGGUCCUGCUAUGCGUCUGCUUGUCUGCUACUGCAGUUGUUCGCAGCCAUAUCUGUUGACGACCGAUCGAGAUAGGUUGAAGGAAGAAAAGAAAGUAAGCUAGUGCCGCGCUCAAAGCACGGGAGAAACGUCUGCGUAGCUCCUCGCAUUUGUGUGGCAUCAGAUCGAAAGAGACGAGCUGCGAGCUUCGUUCGCCAAGUCGCGAUGACGGGCAACGGAUUUGUCAACAGCACGGAGUUAAACGUCGCCGACCCAAUUGGAGGAGGUCCCCAUGUUCGCCGUCUCACUAGCAGAUGCAUGCCUCAGCAGCUGAAGCCGCCCGCAGCAGAUGGGGAGGUGGUCUUCUGCAAGAACAAUGUGUGUGUUCAUCCCCCGGUGUCAUCGAAGAAUGGGGUCACCCAUCACCCGGGCUACCUCACCAUCAAGGUGCACCACGAUGAGGUUCUCGGCCUAAGCCUGCGUCUCAGUUGGAUCCCUAAUGCAUCACUCAAGAAGAAUCCUCGCAGCCUCGAGAAUCGUACACCAUGCAGCUCGCCGUGUCGAAGCCCCAGUGUGUGCACCAGCGUGUGCCCGAGCCCCACCGUACACCACCGGCAAUUUCGACGCGGCUCCACCAGUUCUGGGAACCAGCCGGCACCGGAUGAAGGCUCCACAUGCCAUCUGAGUUGUGACCAGCAGAGCAUCAGCUCGGCCAUCUCUGACAUGGGGAGUCCGCCGGAGGAGCAAGGCAGCUUGGACUCUUGGACAGCCAGUGAUCAGGCCGAGAUGACGGCGUCGACAGCGGGGUCACCACCGGGGCUGCCCCUUGACUCUAGCGAUGGUGACCUCUGCGGGAUAGGCACAAGUGCCACCGUGUCCAAAAUGCCGAGCUGUGACGACAAUGGGAGCGUGUCGGGCGUUGACUGCAACGGAUCGUCAUCGUCUGCCAUUGGACCAGAGGAAGUGACGGCUGCUCUGGAGUCCAUGAUCAGUGGCCUGAACCAGAUAGACACAGCAAGUGACGUCGGGGCCAGAAAUUCUGUGGAUUCUAAAGCUGUGGCAGUUAAAGAAAGUGCUGCGAUGUUGGUGGAAAAUGGAGAGAAUGUGCCAGCUGCACCUGAGAGAAACGGUACGGCCAUAUCUGACACACCGUGGAAAGACGCGGGGGACGUCGGACCGGGUGGUGACACGCCCUACGGCCAGCCGUGGCACUCGGAAUGGAAUGGCAGCAUUGAUGACCCGUCGAGCAGCCGGGCCAAGCCGCAGCCGGAGUCGCUUCGAAGCAUGACCGAUUCGGGCAUUGCCUCCGGACCGGCCAUCAUGGUGAGCCGGCAUAGUGGCUGCUCCAGCGCCGACCUGGCCACGUGCGAGUCUGGCAGGAGCAGUGGACUGGUCUCGUCGGGCUCAUCUGAAGGACCGGACUCCGGCCAGCAGAGUCCUUUCCCGGGGGAAGACAGUUCAAACCAGCUUCUGGAGCGGCUACGAUCUGGCUCGCGCUUCAUGCUGGAAGAAGGGACACCCGAGCAGCUCGCACAUGCCCACAACCUGACCUUUCCAGACAAUGCCUCUCUGUGCGGACGGAGUCCAUCACGGUCAUCCAUGUCGAGGGAGAGCCCAUGUGGACAGUUCUCUGUCGACUUGGGCCAGAUGCGAUCGCUGCGGCUGCUGUUCAGCAACCGUGAGUGCACCUCUGGCCAGCUGGUGAUUGCCAGCCGCGAGAGCCAGUACAAGAUCUUCCACUUCCACCACGGCGGCCUCGAGAGGCUGGCACCUGUCCUCGGAGACUUUGACUUCCUGACGCGGGGCAAGGCCAGGAAAAACGAGCACUGCCCGUACGACCACUUCUCGGUGUCCAAGCCCCAGGUCUCGGCAGAGGAGUGCCACCCCGAGGAAGGCCUGUACAGUACGCUGGUUGACGAAGACACUUGGCGGCAGUACAUGAAUGACGACGGAAGCAUCGACGAUGACUUCCAACUGCGAAAGGCAAUAUUCUUCAGAGGCUUAGACCCUAGGCUACGAAGAGAGGCGUGGCCAUUGUUACUACAACAUUAUGCCUUCACAACUACGUUCGAAGAGCGAGAACAAAUUCGUAACGACCGAUUUCUCGAGUACCAGGAUAUUCGCAAGCUGAGAGAGCGGAUGAGCCUGGCUGAGCGCGAGGCCUUCUGGCGGAACGUCGAGUGUACCGUGGAGAAGGAUGUAGUGCGCACCGACCGGACCAAUCCUUUCUAUGCAGGCGACAACAAUCCCAACAUCGAGAUCAUGAAGAACAUCCUCCUCAACUAUGCGGCUUGCAACCCGAACCUGGGCUACACCCAGGGCAUGUCUGAUCUCCUCGCACCUGUUCUGGCUGAAAUCCAAGACGAAUCGGAAGCCUUUUGGUGCUUUGUGGGACUCAUGCAAAGGACCAUCUUUGUCAGCUCUCCCAAGGACGGCGACAUGGACCUUAACCUGGAGUACAUGCGGGAGCUGCUGCGGCUGAUGACUCCGCGCUUCUACGCGCACCUGGAGAGCCAGUGCGAGCACUACCCGGACGCCCUGGAGCUGCUGUUCGUGCACCGCUGGCUGGUGCUGUGCUUCAAGCGCGAGUUUGCCGAGCCCGAGGCGCUGCAGAUGUGGGAGGCGUGCUGGGCGCGCUACCAGACCGACUGGUUCCACCUGUUCCUGGGUGCGGCCAUCGUGGCCCUGUACGGGGGCGAUGUCGUCGACCAGGGAAUGCGUCCCGACGAGAUGCUCCUCCACUUCAGCUCCCUGGCGGGACACAUGGAUGGUGACCUGGUGCUCCGCAAGGCGCGGGGCCUCUUGCACCAGUUCCGGCUCCUGCCUUGCAUACCGUGCACGCUGGCUGGCCUCUGCGAGCUGUGCGGGCCCGGCAUGUGGGACAGCGGUCACGAGCCAGUCGUCGAAUGCCGCGGCGGCCACGGUGGCCGGUCGUGUCCGCACAGGGGCCAGGACCCGGUGGCACCUUCCUCGCCGGGGGCGGGGUCCGCCGCCGCCAACCACGUUCCCUGAUCUUCAGCCUCUGCAGCUCCGGGUGGCAGCUGCAUUUUCCCGUUCCUCCGUUUCGGAAACAAUGAUGAGCAGCUGAAGGGAAGUAGCUAUGUUUACUCAUCGCGCGCAUCUUUGUUCUCGAGGGCGCAGGACUUCUUCGCGUAAGUGCAGAAGUUGGGGGUAAUCAACGGGGAGGACGUUGACUCGCAGAGACCGGAGGGGUGCAUUAGCACGGACCGGUGACUAAUGCUUUGACAUGGUGGCUUGUCUUCGCAUGUGCAAGCCUUGCAGUAGUAAUAUCAGGGACAGAUGAAACACAAGCAAGGUGGGCCUGAGUAGAAUUCACUCUUUCAUUUCUGCUUUGGCCAGUUUGCGUUGUUGGCAUGAUUUUAGUUGAUGCACUUGGUGUGACACCUGUACCAUCUUUAGUGCUCGGGCAAGUAAUGGUUCCGGGUGGUGCUCUCUAGUUAUUACUUGCGAAAGGCGUUCUGCAUUGUAACUUGUUGUUUGUGUUUCGUUCUUCCACGGUGAUACACUCUGGUCAAGGCAGACUCCAUUCAUAUUUGCCCUGAUGAAGACAAGUCAACAUGUCCUGGCAUUUACACGUGGCUCAAGCUUCACCUUCGCUCACCUCUAUCCCUUCGUGCACUGCAGUGUACAGCAAAGGGCUUUAUUUAACUUCGACUCAGUGUCGAGUGUAGGUGUGACUUGGUUCAUCUGGCUGCGACAGCUAGUUGAAUCAUGUGACUUGGCACCAGCUGCACCCAUGCCCACGUGGGUUUGACGAUCAUGUGAGCAAUGUGACUGACAGUGAUAGCAGUUGAUGUUUUAAUUGGCCUCCAGCAUACAGUUCCGUCUUACCUGAGGUUUCUGAUGACUAUUAUGAAGUGGGCAAACCGUGGGCUGCUGAGCUGGGCCUUCAGCCUGUUCUAGCUGGCUGUUGUGAUUUUGCUGUGUGCUGAUACUGGGCUCAUUAUAACAUGUUUCACCCUUCCAUCUGAGGCUUGCUCAGCUGCUAGACAACUCAGCUGUGCAGGAAAGCAGGCCUCUCGAUGCAGACAUGCCUGCGAUGCAGGGAAGGUAAACGAAGGGGAGAAGGUGCGACAGUUCGGAGUGGUUGAAAAUUGCAGUCCUCCACCGUGACGCAAUGACUUCCCUAGUGUCAGGACAGCUGUUCCAGCAGUUGUCUUGCCAGUCAUGUUCAUCGCAGCUGCUGUCCUUGGAAUUCACACUUUCUGCAUGCCCUGCUUAAAAGAGCGCCGCAGGAUCUGGCCUAAGCGGUGAUGCUGCCUGCAAGGUGCAGCCUAUGGACUGUUAGAAGCGGAAUUCUUAUUCAGAGUCUCAUGGUUUCCAAAAAAAAAUAUCGGCAAAAAUGAGUCGUGUAAAAAAAAAUAAUUUAAGCGCCAUGUUUAUACAUUCGUAACUCCUCACCAAAAACAGGUGCCGGGGUUCUGUAAACUGCAUCUACUAAAUCAUCUGAUGCAAGCACUUGUGAUGUAUGAAUUUAUAGGUUGCAUAAAAUCGUUCCAGUGCUAACAAGGUUUUCUUUUUAAAUCCCUACUCAUAAAUUAGUGGUAUAUAUCAGAGUGAAACAUCAAUUUCGUCCAUUCAAUGGAGGCCGUUCACAGCAUCGCGAUAUACUUUAUUAUUGCCGAGUUGGAGUUAUAAGCUUCACGGCUCCAUUUCAUUCUUUUUGUUUGGCAAUCUUCAACAAUUUUGGUGAAAAAUAUUGAUGACCUACAUCGAGAACCUGUUUCCUGUAGUUAGUGCUAGUGUGUUUCAACAUUUGACUGCCGCAGGCCUUGUCGAAUUCGGUGCAGCGAAUGCUGAUUGAAACUAUUUCUCUGAUCUAAUGUAUUUGGGUGGGAGCUGCCAUGGUGAAGCUUCCUUUUACGAUGUGUUCGGGAGCGUGACUUCCCGCAGUCGAGUCCAGGUUAAUUGCAACCCGUUGUUAAGGCAAAAACAAAAAGCCAAGAGAAACGUGGCACGGUGACUUUUGACACCUUGUCAGGAGAAUCGCUGCAUUUGUCGCAGUAUUUCAGCAGUCUUUCAUGAGCCUGGAGAGUUUCUGUGUUCCUUCUUUGCAUCUUGUCGCACAUUUUAAGCCCUCUCUGUAGCCAUAGCGUGUGCGUCGUGUCCAAGGAAGAUGAAUGGUAUCAUGAUGAAGGUUGUAACUUUUUAAAAACAUUUCGUUGAACAAUCGUGUUUGAAUGGCCACUGAUUUAAAGGGACACCUAAGAGAAAUACGCUUUGAGCUGUAUUGCUAGAUUAAUGUUCUACAAUAGCAGAAAGGACCCACUCUUACUGUGAGAAGAGGCUUCAUAAACGAUAGUGGACUGGCACGACUGCCCUGAAUUCCCUCACCAUCUCGUCAUGACAUUGUGCGCUUUUAUUUUUUUAUUUAGGGAAUAUUGCAGGCCUAUGCAGAAGGGGCAUAAUUACAAUAGAAGGGUCACCUAAGAUGUGCAUAAAAGAAAAAAAAAGGGCCACGGCACAUGGCAAAUUAGAAACAAUAGCUAUACAGUAAACGGAACUCGCCAACACAACAAUUGAAACUGCCAAAACAAUAACAGCGAGUGCAACUCGCCAAAGAAAGAAAGGUAAAAAAGCCGAACAAAUAAAACGAUAAAAUGCGGCAUGCUCAGAAGUCAGUACAUACAUUUGGUGCUAGUAAGAAGUGACAAGGGUUCCAAAGCGUCUUCUCAGACCCAGUUUAAUUUUUUGUUGGUAUUAAUAGACUGUUUUGUAUCCUAAAAGAGUCAAAGCAUGAACUUAGCAAGUUGCAAGAACUUUUACUGAACCACCACAGCCUGAAUAUGAAAAUGUCUUUGAAAUCCUUGACUUCACACUGACGUGCCAGUGCCGAUUUUACGGUGAGAGCUCUGACCUUCAUCUCCUUUUUUUUUUAAUAAUCAAUCUAUGCCCGCAAAAUUCAUGAAGAUUAGAGUUUUGAAAGACUGCUUUAUCAGUCUUAACUGAUGUGUUUCUCUCUGUACUGUCCCUUUAAGCCAUUGUGGAAUUCCCCACAGUAGAAAUGUUCACUUAUCACAGCAAGUUGCGAUUUCAUUCCAGCAGAAACGAGGAAAGGAUUGCUCAUCUCUUUCUUAUUUCACAAUGUUGAUGCGUUUCAUUACCGAAGUUGCAUGCUAUGUCGAGCUAUGUGAUGAAAAUGUAGCAUUGAAUUCUCUGGAGUGUAGCUAGUGGAUUAUGCAUGUUUAGGAUUUGGUACUUUCAUGCGCAUGAACUGUCCCCGACAUUAUACUCAACGCUCUUUCUCCAAAGCCGUGUUUCAUAAAGUGACAGGCGGCAUAGUACAGUUGUGAAAAAUACAAUCUUUUACUCCAGACAUGUGUGGGCAACAUAAGAGCCUGUGCGUGUGCGUAAUCUUUUCUAUUUUUACAUGCUGAUUAUGUAAUGGUGUGUAGGGUGGACUGUCUAGAGAAGCGAUAGCUUUAUGAUAUGUAAUCGUAUCUGGACCACUGCGGACUGUACAGCUUAGACAAGACUUAGUGUCCACAUAAGCGCGGCAAUUUUGAUAACAAAUGAUGGCAUUAGUGUUCACUGCAUUGAGCAUCACAUCGUCGGAUUUAGUCUGAUGUGUUGCCGGACAAAUUUUCUGAGUGCUUGCAAAAGGCACGAGCAUUUGGUUUGCGCUUGGAGAGAUACGAACACUUUUAGGUGUUCAGAAUUUCAGUUUUGUAGUUCCAUAAACAGCAGGAGGCAAAUUAUUUUGUUCAUGUUCACAUUGGUAGUUAUUGCAGCGAUGCCCUUUAAAGGAACACUAAAGAGCCCCUCACCAGGCCCCAUAGCAAAUUUUGGUUGUAAGCUGGAAGUUGUUACGUGUCCUCUAGGGAGCGUUCUGCCGCAAAGAAAUUUUUCAAGUUGGCUCAUUAAUAGCAGAGAUAGAAAUAUUUCAGUGCCGCGAACCCAUGAUUUCAGCAGGCGGGCUCCACUGCCAAGCAAGACGCUCUCCCCACUCGCCCCGUCUAGCCUUCGCAAGCGAAAUUCUUUCCCUGCAUUCUCCCAUACCAGGCCUCGAGGAUCGCGUGACUCACCUAGGGUGUAAGGCGGGGCCUCGUCAGAGGCCCCGCCUUCAUUUUUUUUUCUCCUCAUUUUUUUUGCCUGCACUAUGCAUUUCCGCUGACCGCCCCAUGCGCAAGCUGUUGUCUCGUUUGCGCAGUGCACAAUUUUGCGUGCUGUGCACAAGGAAACAUGACUAGCGGUAUAAUUAAGUGCUACACGAAUACUGAGGCAGAACAAGCGGAUCGCAGAGCGUGAUCACGCGCUGGAACACGGUAGAAAAUGGCAUAGUUUCGGUACCUGCGCACGUGACUGCAUGACCGUGGGAACAGCAGACGAAGUCGAAGUACAUCUCUCUUGCUCCGGUGCGAAGUAAAACAAAAAACAUGCAGACAUUCCGUUUGUGUGUUUUACUAUUUCUCUAUACUUCAAUUCGUCAAUUCAAGCAACAGAUCGUACAGAUAACAGAUGUUGUCUUGAAUAAUUCUCGAAGUCACGUGUCACCACGAGCAACGUCACACUGUGGACACGAUUACGUAGGCGCAGGGGCACGAUUACGUCACCGUCCGGCUUGGAGCGCGGCGGCUACGAGUGAAGAGGGAAACUGCAUUUGGAUUGAAAUUUCAGGUCUUUCCACAGCGCAUAGAGAUGUAGUACUUUCCAGACACUAUUGUUAUUGCGCAAUGUGUGCUCCGCGCUUGUCAGCUCAAUAUGACCAGACCUGGUGAGGGGCCCUUUAAAGGCAGCUAUAUUAAGCCCAGCUAGAGCGAUAGAUUACAGUGCUGCUGCGAUACGUUGCAGUCUUUAAAAUUUAUUGGCACGUGUUCCAUGGUGAAAGGUGAGUGAGUCUCUAAGAGUAUUAUUGAGGGUGGCAAAGAAACCAAGUGGAAAUAUUUCACCCAGCCAUCAGCACAGCACAGAACUUUCACAUCUUGUCAGCAAUCUUUGAGGCCAUGCUUUGCUGUGCACCAAGACACUCAGUGAGUCGGAAGGCUGGCUGCACAGAGGUGACACCAAAUUUUCUUAUCCACUGCCAACAGAGUGGCACGAAGGUGUAGCAUUAGGAAAAGCUAAUUGGAGAAACUCCAAUUUGUUAAAUCUCGAAAUAUCCUUCUAAUUACCUUUCUUUUUGGUCAGUGGUCAACUGCUGCUUACACGAAUCCUAAACAGCACACACUAAGAUGUCGUCAGAAGCUGCAUCUGUGAUUUCUUGUUGUCGUUGCUAAUCUGCCAACAUGCCUAUGCCAUUUGACUUUAUAAAACCUUCAUUCUUGUUUGGAAAUUUGUGAUUUUGACAUUUUAGAGCACUAAUCGAUCGCUUUUAGCUCGACUUAAUCUUUGCCUUGAAUGUUCCUUUUAGAUAAGUGCUGUUAAAAUGGUUUCUUCGAUAGUCUGGACAGUUCAUAGUCUAUUGUUUAGUUGUCUAGAGUCAGUGUAGUCUUUUUGUUAACCAGAACUUCUGAUAAUGUAAAGAGAUUUCUAAGCUUACUUUGCUUUUAAAGUGAGUUGACUGUGUCUUGCAUUAUCAAAAUUCAGGUCAUGUUGUACACAUUAUUUUAGAGAUUUCUGUGUUUGCAUGUCCUACAACUGACUCACCUAGUGAGAUUCUGCCAAAUAUGGCUUUAGUUUUUGAAGUCGUUUACAAUGUAAUUACGGUAUUGUGAGAAGUCGAAGUAAGGACAUCUUGCACGGAAGAAGGGGGAAAGAGAAAGCUAGGAGGGAGCAUUAUGACCUCACA